UUUACCUUCUCUCUUUCUUUCCCGGCCGCUGUUCGGGCGGCUCCUCCCAGCGCUGCACCGCGAGAAGCGGCUUAUUUCACCGCGGGAGCAACACGCCCAGUCGGUCCGCCUCUUCGAUCCGCGGCGCGCGAGCGCGGCCUGUUUGAGCCGCGCUAUCCAUUUGUGGGCUCGAGUUCGUGAACCACAGCGUGGACGCCAGCGCUGACAGCUCUCAUUCGUGACUCCGUAGCGCUCUCCGACAGUCCUCACGUCGUGCGCUUUCCCCGGUGGUUUGCGCCUGGCGCGCAGAACUAACGGAAUAUCGGUGCGCGCCGUCGUUAACUCCGGUGUUUCCGCAACUCGAGCUGUUUCGCAUCUUCAUCUCUUCGAGAUGUCUCUACUUGUUCUCUCAUAUUGACAAUUUUGUUUCAAAGAUGUGCUGAAGAACACAGUGCGCCACCGAACCAUGUUUAAAUCAAGAACCUUCUCUUAGCACGGUGCGCGUUAAACGAAGAUUCCGUAUACUUUGUUCCACAUGGAUGCGAUUCACUCUCAUUUGGUGCAACGUCAAUGACUUUAUCCGAAUUAUUCCUCAGCGGGACAACUUUGAAACGACCUGAGGAUUAGUUUGCAAGAAUAUUCUUGAGAGAAUCAUCGGCGACGUCAAGAAUGCUUCAUCACAGGUGCGAAUCAUUUUCAAGACAGAUGAUUUCUGCUGCCGUGAAAGAAAGGAGGAGGUGACCGGUGUUCGCACCAAAGGAGCUCAUGUCCGUACAAGUUCUCCAAGAUGACCCGAUGGACGCCACGGCGGUGGCGAGUCGAGAGGCGCAGAGGCACCGGCUCUGUCUUUCGAGCAAUCAAGGCUCUGUCACUCCUAGUCGCAUUGCUUACAGUUGUUUUCUGGACGCAUGCUUUUUAUCGAUUUUCCGGUAUUACCGAUCAAAACUGGGAAGAAGCUGACGCUAUAUUUACGCCAGCUACAAAGACGGAUUCCACAAUCGCUGCCGCGCAGGUACGCGUCACAUUAAACACCUCUCCCCGUGGGAAAUCGCUUCACGAAGUUAUCUUGCCAUCGCCAGCAUCGAAGCCACAGCUGCGCGAAACAUUCAAGGAGCAACCGAUGAGUUCUGGUGACUGGGUGUCCACCGACACUUACCUUAGAACAAAACUAAAGCUGUUCUUGUACUCUGCGUACUUAGACAACCGCCUCGCCGUGCCCGUGGUUCGGGUUAUAGGCGCAUACGCCAGCGUAAACGGUGCUCAAGUUUCCUGCAGGCUAGAGUAUGCCAGUGGGGAAGCGAGUGUGGUCGCCGCCACGAAGAAGACCAUUAAUGAGAACUGGAAGCUCAAGUAUGGUGCGGCCUUCUUCUUGUGUCCUUAUUCCGACGACUCAGACAAUCCGCCACCGGUUCGCGUGCGACUCAAGGAGACUUACGAACUGCAGUGGAGUCCUUCAAUACCAAUAUGGCCCCUAGAGACAAGACCUGGUGAAGCGACUGGGCGUUUUGCGGUCUGCGUGAAGCCCCUGCACUACAAGUAUGACAGAGUGUCGUGGCUGGCAGAGUUUGUAGAGUUCAACAGAAUCGUUGGCGUAGAUCGUUUCUUCUUCUACAAUCACAGUAUAGGAAGCAACGUAGACAGACUGUUGCGUGUGUACAUGGAAAAAGGUGUCGUCACGAGCCUUCCGUGGAACCUAGACAUCAAGUCACAGAAGGAGAUCCGCACCGAAGGCCUGUUCGCAGCUCUCAAUGACUGCGUGUACCGCAGCAUGAACCAUUUCGACUACGUCCUCGUCCUUGACUUGGACGAAUUUGCCGUUCCUCGGAAGGACGACAGUCUACCUGCAAUGGUGACCAGACUGAAACGCGCUGCGCCACGCACCAUGAGUUACGUGCUUUUGAACAGCUUCUUUUACCUCUACUGGGAAAACGACACUACUGCCUACGGAGCCCUGCCAGAGACUGCUCCUCUGGAGAUUCCAUAUCUGCUUACCCAGUUCAAGACUCGCCGGUCAAAAAAAGUGUUCCGAGUUGGAUCGCGCUCCAAGUACAUCGUACGUCCCGUGGCGGCUGUUGAAGUGGGGAACCACGUCGUCUGGAGAUACCUUGGCGGUCGUCACCAGGCAACACAACGUGUGUCACCAGAAGACGCCCUGCUACACCACUAUCGCAUCUGUGAGUUCGGAGGCUUCGACUGUGUCAAGCAACCUUCCAUAGUGGAUCGCUCGGCCCUGCGCUUCAACACCUCACUGCUCGAGCGUGUGAACAGCGUCUGCGCACAGGCUUUCCCGGAUGUUGGACGCUGUCCUAAAGCUCCAGGCCUAGGAAGCCCUUGGUGACCGUUACCGAAGUGGAAAGAUCUGUAUGGCCGAGAACGUGUUCGAGCACCAAUAGCGUUUUCUGUAUACCGAGAGUUGCAGCGUAUAGAAAAAGAAGGCGGUUGUGAAGCGCGGAGUUACUAUUAAAAAAGAUGUAGAUUGGUGGUGCAGUAAUUUUUUUUUGCCAUUGGUGCCCACAUUUGUCUCCUCAGAAGUGACCACAUUAAAAAAAAAUGGUCGAGCGAUUCCAACGCACAGGAUUUGCAAUUGUUCAUAGGUGAUUGUUGAUCUAAUGUGACAAAAUUGCAGUCAGGCUGACACUAUUGCUUGGCUCACAACUUCAGAAAUAAGAAGCGUCUCACUUUUGCAACCUGCCCGUAUAUAAGAGCGGUUGGAAGAAUCUUUCAUUUUACUGAUGUAGACUUUCUUGCUGCUGUCCUACGAUGAUUUUCUGUAAAAAAUAACGAAGUAACCGCUACAUAAGAAAUUCACACCCUUUUUUGCUCCUGAGAGCUGCACAUAAUAAUUGCACUCCCUGUUGCACAGGAAAGUGACAUUGCAGAAAAAAAAAACGAUGAAAUGUUAGGUAGGUCACAUAAGUUUUUUACUUUUGUCAGUUUUAGUAUGAGGAAAAAAAGGUUUCAAGAUAAAGGUGAUCUUUGGCGAUGCUUCUGUCCUUAUUCAAGAUAACGGCACGGGAAAUUUUCUUCUUCUUUGAUUCCGGUUGAACCAAUUUACGUAUACCUGUGUACCACCCGUGCCCAGAAACAUGCAUUAGCGACUGAAUUGAUUUAGAGAAAUUACCUGAAAUAUUGGGAUAACAUUAUAGGUGCCCCCCAGCACCUUCUCAAGAAACCAUAUAGAAGAUUCACAUAAUGCAUUAUUGCUUAAAGAAUUCACUGCCGCAAAACGUUUUCGAAUUCAUAUAGAAUGAGCAAAAUGCAAGAUUUGUAUCGCCCUUCAAUCGUAUUCUCACUUCUCUUCCCUAUGAUAUUGCUGGUAACUAAGCAGGAAGAGAUGUCAUCGGGCAAAAAACGUCACGCGCAGCUCGUGUCAUAUUUUCAGUCAAUAGGUAUGCCCCGUCAUUGUUCGAAAUGGUAUGAUUUUACUGGUUUUGCCGAUAAUGCUUGUCAUGACGCAUUUUUGUUAAAUCUGUUAUCGAGAGGCGUUCUCCAAAUUGUUCAUCUUUUGUCGUAAUAAAGUUAGAGUUUUAUGACAUGAA